AAAUCAAGCCAGGGUGAGGAUUUGGGCAGUCAGAGUGGCUGCAAAGGAAGUCGAGAGUGGCAAGUGUUUUCAGUGUUGCAAUGAAGUUUAUGCUGAUAUGACUGCAGCGAUGUGUGUACAACUAGUGAUUUUUUUCAGCUCCGUUGUGCUUCACUCUGCGUCGGCUGGAGGUGUGUAUUGUGCUAAAACAGCGAGAGCUCGUGCUGCUGCCUUGGGUUUGGAUUAUCCAGGAGUCCAUGGAGCCCCUGAUCUCUAUGGACCAGCUCACCAUGGGAUGCAGCCUAGAACAAUGCCAUUCAGACAUGAAUUUCACAAUAACAAUGGUGGAUUGGCUGAGACUGAACCUGAACUUAACAUGGCCUCCUACAGACAAAAUCAACCCGCAGUAACAUCCCUGGAUGACAGAAUACAUAAACAAGCUCACCCCAAGGGUUUUGAAUCUACAUUUCUAGUCAGCCGUGACACUUACAAUCCACUUCAAAGUGAAUACACCACCGACCAAGUGGUAAGACUUCCCAGAGGACCAUCAGUUAUUAACCGCAAGUCCAAUUUUGAGGGGGUCAAGCAUGUUGCCCCUCCAACUCUGGCUGUAGCCUCAAGCCAGUCUGACCUUGUGAAUUGGGAUCCUCAAGGUCGCAACAAAGCACUCUCAUUUGUCUACAAUGAGCACGACCUUGUUGUUGAUGAGUCUGUCCCAAAUAGACGUGGCGUGGCUCUGACUAGGCUCCGCCUGCCCCAAAGCCGAGGUCAUGGCCCUUACCAGAGGGGUCUAACUGGAUACGGCCUGCAAAGAAAAGUUCCUGUCCUCGGUUCAUCUGGCUUCACCCACAAACCCCAUGUCAGAGUGAUGACUGGCCGAGGUCCUGCUGUUGGUACGCUGAAAAGGAUUAGGUUCCCUGGCCAUCUUGCUCAGCCCUUGCACAGCAGCCUCAAUGUCAAACAGUUUGCUCAAGGUAACCCAGUUCUGGGACAUAUGACAGAACGAAAAGCAGGUCCAUUUAGAAUAAAUAAGUGAGCUAAAGGGGUCUGACACACAGCUUGGCUGUCUUGUCAAAUAGUGUCCCUGUGAGGAUUUUUUUUGUAUUUUUUUUUUUUUACAGUUAACAGGCAAGCAUUUUGUGAAGGGAAGGCAUUAUGAUUUCAGUGUCUGUCUGUUUUUCUCUAACCUUUACUGGAAGAAGCAACUUAUGUGUACAAGCUCCCGCUUGCUCACCUGUAGCUCUCAAACAAGUCACAUCAUGCAAUAAACAUAAAUUUAUAAAUGGU